UCAGCACGUGUUCAAUAACACAGAGGAAAGUACUGCCAAUAACCAACAAUUGUCAGAGGACGAAUUGGCACCGAUCAUCAGGGUUCAGCAGUGCCACCCACCUGUGCCCAACAGUGCCUAGUAGUGCCACCCAGCAGUGCUUACCAGCACCACCCACCAGUGCCCAGCAGUGCUACCCAUCAGUGCCCAGCAGAGCCGCCAGUCAGUGCCUCCCAGCAUGCGCCCACUAGCCCCGCCCACCCAUGCCCAGCAGUGCCCCCACCUGUGCCCAGCAGUGCCCCCACCUGUGCCACUCUGCAGUGCCACCUACCUGUGCCCAGAAGUGCCACCUACAUGUGCCAGCAGUGCCACCCACCUGUGCCCACCCACCUGUGCCCACCAGUGCCACCCACCUGUG